AUGCGUAUCCUUACCAUAUACCUUUUCUCCUUUGUUUCUUCCUUUGCUCUGGCUUACAUGAUUGACCAGUCCUGUCGGGAUGAAGGCAUUUAUGAUGAGGUUGAGAAUGCAGUAAAAUCUGCUUUCGAAAUGGCAGAAGCAGGCGUUGCUGCUCUUCAAGGCGCCCAGGACGUUGACCCCGAAUGGGCAGACGUUCCCCCUCGACCAAGAGAGCUGCAGAGCCUAAUUUCUAGUAUAUUUCUUCAUGAAGAUAUUAUCCGAGAUACCAUGCCGCGUAUUCCUGACGAUGAACUUACUGGGCUCAAUUAUCCAAUGAACACGAGAAAUGUCAAGCUCACCAACGUUUACGAUAGUUUGUCAGGUAUCUUAAAGAAUAUUCGUGAUCCCGGCAAUACGAUGAAUCCGAGCAAUAUGGAUGUGAAGAUAUACUGCAACUAUAAGCUGUUCCAAUAUAGCAUCAAGGACGGAAAGCCUUGGGUAGAUGAUCCCGACAGUGGCAUGAGCAUGGACAAGAACUCGGCAUUGUGUGGACCCGAUGAAAACACCAAGUUAGGAGUGAUUGCUUAUGCAGUACGCUCUGUGAAGCGCAAAGGGGUGAAACUCACUUCCCCCAUUCAAAUUUGCGAGGACCUUGUUAAGUCUGUCAAAGACACAAGACGCAUAUCGCAUCGAUCACUCUUCAAGACCAAUAUUGGAAAGGUGAAAAGCCACCUCAAGGAACACCGGCCCUUCAAUUUUGCUCAAAUUGAUGCUUAUGCGCUUCUGGAUGUUACACUUCUCCAUGAAAUGACGCAUGUGGAAGCAGGACGGUUUAUGGAUGACGUGCGUCUGAAGAAGUCUGCCUGGAAUCUUCCAUUCCUUCCCAAAAAUAAGAUCGAACCAACCUAUUACUGGAAAUCUAUCAUAGAACUGGCAAAGAAAGGUAACUAUGUCGACAGACCAGGAUUGGCGAGGCCAGAUAGUGAGUGUGCUGGAGUUGCAUUCAAAAUGGCCGCUAAACGUUGA